UCAGGUGAGAACAGGAGCAUUGUAAGCCACCCUGCAAUAAGGAAGGCGUCGCACCUCCGAGAGACAGAGGUAGUGCUGCUUACGAGAUUGAAAAGCUUCGGGUUGCAUCCUGCUGUUGACCACGACAAGACUCCUCGUCCCAAUAGCUGCAUUGCGGGAAGUGGUCCAAACUGAUCUGGAUGCCGUACACCGUCUCGGUCGGGAAAGGCUCCUCCUUGACAUCGUCGUCUGCUUGCGCAUUGCCUGCUGCGUCACUAGAGGUGCCCCUGCCGGCAUCGGUUGUGUUCCAGCCUGUGUCUCUCUCGCGCAGCACGAAUUGUCGAGAGAAUUCAUAUCUCCUGUUGGCGUCCCACUUCAGAAAAUCAACCAAGGCAGUCAAGUUUCGGCCGUCAGGUCUUGUGAAGUUUGCAACGUCCAGCUCGAAAGCCGAAGUGCGGCAGACUUUCUCAAUCGUCUUGAGUUUUCGUAGGGUGGCGAAGGUGAGGUCUUCAGGCCGACGAAGGGGAUCGCUGAAGACGGCGUUGAGAAAGUCCCAGCUGUAUAGCAGAACGAUGCAGUCAUCCAGAAGGGGACCGAUGUCGUAGUCCUCCUUCCACGGAAUGAAGAUCGCAAUGCGUCCUGCCGUGCUCCCUGGCUCGACAGCCAACCCACCCUGCACAACAAGCACCACUACGCCGAAUGCAGGUCUCUCGUGAAUGAGUUGUUCUGAUCACUCUCACCCCUUCCUGGUCCACCAGCCUAAGUGCGACAAUGUUGGAAUCAACUGUCUCAUUUGACUCGGUGGCGAAAGGAUUCUCUGUCCAGCGAUUCGCCACUAGGCCCAAGUGGCUGGAUGGCUUUGAAGAGGUGUUCUUCUUUGCGGCUAUGUUCUCCAGCGUCUUCGAAAAGUCUGGCGGGAGAAGGAAAGCCUCUUCGACACCAGGGAAGCCCACUGCCUUGUUGUCGAUUUUGGUCGGGUCGGCCGCUUCUGCAUGCAUGUCAAUGGUUUCCGUAUCGACCAGCACCGGGUCGGUCACUUCAGCGUCGAGCAAAGUCUUUGCUGCCAGAUUACCGACCGUGUCCGCAGCACCGCGUUGCUUGGUGCGGAUGUCUCUCUCGCCACUUCCUUUUCCACAAUUUGAUGCGGCACUGAGGAAAUCUGUCGAUGUCGAGUUCUUCAUGUCGACUUUGUACACACCGGGGGAAGUCUGGUAGUCAAUGUCUUCUGCGGCAGAGUUGUUGAGCGCCAGUGACGUGUUGUACAGCAUGUCAAUGCCACCGCGCUUCGCAAAGUCGGAGAGAUCGGACUCGGUCUUGGUGGCCUUGUUCAGCGUCCUCACAUAGUUUGUGCCUUCCUCUGGAGACGUGUCUUCGACACCCUUCAGGGUGCUCACUGUUGCGAGGCCCUUCACCAGAGCGUCACUGGCAGCUGGGACAGGCUCAUCGGCAGCAGCGUCCCCAUCCUCAGCCGUCACCGACCAGGUCGCUCUGUCGACCACAGAGAACAGCUGGGACGGGUUGUUGCUCUGCGAUGACAGCUGAUCGACGAGAUUCACAACGGCAGCCUUCUCGCUUUGAAUGCUGGCGCAGUGUAUGACAAUCUUGGAGACAAUUGGCGCCGACACAAUGCCCAGCACGUCUCUCGCCCUUCCCAUCAGGUAAUAUGAUCCCUCGGAAAAGGUGAACAAUGCGGCUGCAGAAAACCUCCAAUCGCUAAGCAGCGUCUCGUCUUCAUCAGGUGGCCAGUCGAGAAGCUGCCGGCCCGUCCGCUGUUGGUAAUAGUCGAAGAAUGUCAUACCGCUGGAAUCAAAGUUCCACGUCUCAUUGCCGAGGACGAGUGUGCUGAUGCUCCACAUCGAAAACUCGAGGGGCAAGUCGGCAUCUCUCCAGUCGAGAUGAGUGAUCUGGAACUGGGUCUGCAGAGAAAUGCCUGGGGGACAAUAGACAGAGAGCAGAUGCGCAGUCACUUAUAUCUUUCAAGCUCACCUUGUGAGGGCUGCACAUCGAGUGUGCCGAAUGUUGGAGGGGUGUUCACGGGCAGAGAAGGGCUUACAGAGCCGUAGGUCUCCCCUGCCUCAUCGCCGAGAACAAAGUGAAACACGUAGACGUUGCCUGCGGUGAACUCAGCUGCUGGGACGCUCGUCCAGAAGUACUCAUAGUCCCACGAUUCGCUGCUGUCGUGAUAGAAGCCCGUCACUUGUGCUUGGCUUUGCAGCCUUCUGCGCUUCGCGUCUUUACGUGAUCGGCGGUUGUGCUGUGCAUCCGUAAGACGCCUUCUACUGUCAGCCGUCUGGAAGAGAUCCCCGGCGCGGCCACUCAGGGGAGGCGGCUGGGAGGGAUCCCAUUUUUUGGUUGGCAAAACAGUAGGGCGAUCUAGCGCUUUCCAUCCUGAAAUGUCCAUGAGACCUCCGAGGACGUGUGUGUGUCUGAUGUGCAAAUCUUCCUUCGACUCACCGAUUAGCUCUUGCCACUGGCAGCUGGUAGCAUUAUUGACGUCCAUGGGGACCUUUGCUAUCAGUGUCAGACUGCUGAUGGAAGAUAUCUUGUUCGGCAAGGCUUGAAACGUGACAUACGGUGCCGGCGCGUCUUCUCUGUCAGAACGAGACAGAGGAGACCAAUUGUGCAGCUCCACCUAUUGUUGCAUGGUCAUGUACCGCACUUGAAUGCGAAUUGCACCUCCAGGACCGCUUCUGAGCUCGUCAAGCUGAGCUCUUCGCUGAUUUCCUUUCGUCGUAUCCGAAGCGAGAAGCGAAAGACACUUCCUGGAAAAGGGGAGUACUGCUUCGGAAGCGAAAAUCCCGUCCUAGCAUCGCUUGGUUACCUGGGGAGAAUGUAUUCGCAGGGAAUUCGAGCGAGCUCGUCGAAUUGCUUGGAUCAAAGACAGCAGUUGGACACUCGUCGCCUAGGACAUUUCCAUAGAAGUCAACCGCCCCAUCUGUCCAAGUGAUGUCGAGACACGCCCUGCAGCCGCACAAACAUGCAUACGAAGUGUCAUGUCUCUUCCCUAUUGUAUCUGUCUGAAGGCCAAGAGGCGAAGUCUACCAGAAGAAGUCAUAGUCGUCCUCCGAUAACAUCCCUGUCAUGGUCUCUGGCACCAUGGGAUCAAAGCUGCCUGAUGAGUCGAGCUGGAACUGUCAGAGAGAGAACACAAAAGAGGCAGACGUGACUUGCGAGGCACGAACGAGAGCCUACCGGGCAUUGGAUGCCAACAGUCACUCUCUUGGCGCCGUUGAUGAACGGGAUCGGCGCUGAGGGAAGCACCUGCAUCGGCCGCAGAUGCUUUUGCUCCAGGAUGCUUUCUUACUGCCCAGACCUUGAUGCUAAAUACGUUUGAAACCACAAUGUCCAGAUUCGGCUGCAAGUCCUUUUCUUCAAGCGUGUAGCCAGCUAUAUAGCAGGAAAGCCAGAGUCGUUGGCGUGCCGAUGAAGUUGUUCUGUUCACUUACCGAGGACCCGGAAGGUGUAGUCUCUCCCGGCUGCCAGCUGGAAUGGCGCAAUUUUGGCCAAUCCUGGGUUGCCUCCGAUAGUUGCUUCCAUGGGGAAUGGCUCGUCGACGCCGAGCUCCUCCCACUUGAAUCGCGAAGGGAUCUGGCCAGAAUCGCACACCAGAGCCUGACCAUUCGCUGAAGGACAAGAGAGACAGGACAGCUCAUGCGUAUCCACAGGAGUUCCUUUAGCGAGGCUCGAAUCACCUGCUUCCAAAAUAGACAAUGUCUCGACAGCCAGCACCACGAAAUCCGACACUGAAAUCAAGAAAACAUCUGCAAGCGACUCGCUGCCCCCUCGCUUCUUUCUUACCGUUCACGACCUGGCUCACGGGGGUCUGAGGCACUAUCAUCGGCACAGGGAAGUCCACAUAUUUCACCUGAAGAAUUCUCAGCCACAGGCCCGAUGAGACGUCUGCUGAUGAGUGAAUAUAUUAGUAUGCUCACUUGAACAUCCAUCCGCGAGGAGAUCCCCAGCUCAUUGGUGCCCUUGACACGAAACGUGUAUGAUGACCUGUUGGACUCCGCGACGCAAUCUCUGUGAACAAGUUGAUCGAUCAGCGUGAGCACAGAGAAAGACGCACUCUCGCAUACGUGUUGGCACUUACGCGAAUGGCCUGUCGUCCAAUACGUCUUCCCGCAUGACCGCCGCACCGACGAUGGCCGAACUCAUAUCCUUAUCGUCCACACACAGCAACAGCGCCGAGUUUGAAGUCGCAUCUGUGUCUCACUGUUGUUGUUACUCUGAAGUCUUCCAGGACUCUUGUGAGGCUGUCGGCAUGCGAUUGGCCACAGGGCGAGUCGAUGCAUGACCAGUCAAUGGCGAGCGGCCUCAUGCCGCCCCGCGACUCCGAUGCGUCCAUCCGCAGUUCGCCGUUGCAGCCCACCACUGACUGUGUCUUGAGCUUCAUGGUCGGCGGCACCACCAUGUCGGGAUUCUCGAGCAACACCUCCUGCUCCUCAUUGAACUCAUUCUUGUAGCUCUGAUGACAAAGAGUGAGUGAGUGAGACAGCUACUUGAUCGACUGUUUGCUUGUUUGGCUGUUUGGUUGUCACCUGCGUGUCGCCGGGGGGGCAGUCUGUACUUCUCAAAAUUCAGCCCGAUGAUGCCGCCGAUCAGAUUCACCCUCAGUCCGCUCUGCAGGAAGCAUAAAAGCGCAUGCGUAUCGCUAUUCAAUUCGUCCAUAUAUAUAUGAAUAUUUGGUUGUCGAUCGAGAGAGAUAUGGACAGGUGGCUUGAUGACUGCCACGAGCACGACGAAUCGUUGCCGAACUGCAGUCGACACCGACUCGUGCGUGGGUGCGGAAUCGUUGUGCCUUCCUUGACUCACCCACCCAGUUUGUAGCAUUGCUAAAGAAGAAGUUGCAGUCGGUGGGCUUGCUCUCAUCGACCGGCGAGUUCGUCUCGAUGUCAAACAGCGCGUCCACAAACGCCAAGUCAUCCGUCAGCCUGCGCCCAGAAAGGGAAGGAAAUUGAAACGUCCGACAUUGCCUGUUUUCCCACUUGUCUGAUGUCUUUUAACGUACUUGAAGCGGACUAUUUUGGGUGCCUCUGGGAUGACACAUGAUUUGACUCUCCCCUGCACCGGCGAACAACCCAGCUCCGGCCGCACCGACUGCACACACGCGUCGAAACAGUACACUGAAACAAAACACAAGACGAAGGAAGAGUGUUGACCAGGUUUAGAGGUCCAGUGGAUAAACGCUCGUCUCAGCUUGCUUACACAGUUGCGGGGGCGGCGGCGGCAGCGGUUUCAUGCUGGUUGUGGAGCAGGCAAACCCGUCAUCUAAGAUGUAGCCGCAUAUCUGGCACCACAGAAAGGCACUCACAGUUUUGCACACUUGCUUGCUUCGUGUAAUGUACCGGGAUGCAUUGCUCGUAGGACGUGCCAAAGACAGAGAACACACGCUGACAGUUCCAGCCCUCUUCAACCUGAAUAUGUGAAAUCGAGCCAAGUAAUGGGCUAGUCAUCGGCUGGUAUGUAUUUCUCUGCUAUAUGUUUGACCGCGCAGAAGGGCGAGCAGCCAUCAAGCUUGAACAGAUUGCCGUCAUCUGCCGCACACACCCCUCAUUCAACCCUUGCUGUCCCUGCAUAGCAGCACACCUACCGCAUUCUUCGCCCAGGUCAGUCUCAAACUUGAGAGUGUCGCCGCAUCGCGCGCCAGGCUCGACAAACAAGUCAUAGAGGCGCACCGGCUGACCCAGGUUGUUGCUCGGAGACACCACGCCGGGGUACCUCAGGUCCUCACACCACAGAUACACAUCCCAGGAUAUCGGCGUCCAGGUGCUGAACACUGCCACGUGGCUGCAAGCCAACUUACACAUAGAAGGAGACAUCCAUAGAUUGCUUCUGCACACACCUGGCGGGCUGAUCAACGUGGUCCCCUCUCCCUUUGCCCGUCCAUACGAUGGGUUCUUGUUCCAGUGCCCCGCGGCCAGCCGGCUCUCUCGUCCACCCCUCUGCGAUGAGAGCGUGGUUGACGAGCCGUGUCGCAUAGCCUGGCGAUGGGGGCUGGCGGAUCGUGCAAAGCAGCUGGUUGGACAUUCUGACUUCGAUGAUGGCUUGGAAGUUCUCGUCGUCCGUGUAGCGAUAGGUGGUCGAGGGAUACUCCGCCUCAGGGUCGAAUCCCAUGCCGGGCAGCACAGCCUCUAUGUCCAUCUAAACCGACAAGCAGCAAUCCGCCAGCUUCCCCUUCAGACUUAUCUUCAUGCUCUUGCCUGUCUCCCGGUUGGCCUCGAGUCUUCCACCGCUCGGAUGCACGUAAUGCCGCCGAUUCUCGACGCUUCCUGCGCGACGAUGAGGUUUUGUCUAUCCAGCUCAAGCACGACAUCAGGCGGCGGGGCGGGCGAGGCAGCGGCACUGUACAGAUAGAAUCGGCUGGCGUAGUCGCCGCUGUCAGCCCGCCUGUCGAUCAGGGGCACCAGCGUGCUGUUGAGCCGGCCGAGAAUCCAGCCGCUGCCCGGCGCGAUGAAGUGAGCAGGAGCCACCGGCAGCUGCCCAGGUGAUGUGGGCAGCAAGGCGAAGUCGAAUUCCUCAUUGACAUAGCUCUCUGGCGCAGGCGCCAUGGGACCCUUUUCAUCCUCGUUCUGUGUCAGUUGGAAUGUCCAUGUGAAGUUGACCUGAUAGGGCGCCUUAUCAUAGCUGCACACCCGACUGGCCUGCUCGCCAACACCCAACUCCUGCCAGCAAACAAGACGAAAUGUUCCGUGCGUCAGUGCAUCACGCGUUCUUACCACUAAGUGCAGGUGUGCCUCGCCAGCCGCUCCAGGGUAGAAGGGGUCGUAUGAGUCCUGAAGAGAGCUGUCGUCGUAUAGGAGGGCGUGCACCUCGUGGAAGACGGGAUUGGACAUGACAGCUGCUGUCCUGAAAGGCACCGCUGACUCGACCAACACCGCAGCUUCCUGAGGGCUCUGCACCAGGUCAUCUUCCGCGUCCUCACUGCCCUCACGGCCAUCGCUGUAGUCGGCAUCCCACAUCUGGACCUCUGAAUCAUUGGUGGCGGCAGCGUAGGGAGUGUUCCAAUUCAAUGACACGCCAACAAUAGCCGCUGUUGUGAAAAGCAGACACCAUUCGAUGUGCUGUGCGCCUUCCGCACGCGUGUCUCACAUUGUGUAUCGUCGAUGGCAGUCGCGUUGGCUGCACGGGAGACGUAGUAUACGUCCAGCAGCGAGUCCAGUGCCGUCACAGCGAAUGCAUCGACCACAUUGCCGAGGCCAUCAACGCCCGACACCCUAAACUGACGGUCCUUGAACCGAAUGUCUAUGUCCUGAAUGUGCACGCGAGUUGACAACAAAUCACCCUGUCAUGUCACUCUCACCUUAAAUCUCCCGUUGGUCCGAAUGGUCACAAUUCUUAAGAUCGAUGGCCUGACAGGAGCACACCGAAAUGCAGGAGUCCAUGUAAGGGGUCUUGCUGCACAUGCAUUCCCACCACACGUCCUCUGAUCCUGGUGGUCUCCCGGGCUCAACAGUGAUAGCUAGACACAAUGAAGAAGGAGCAGACAAUAGCAGCACGUGUACAAGUUCCGCACCCACCCGGCCAGACAAUGCCGACGAUCCUGUGGUGGUCCUCAUCGAAUUGAAGACCCUGCAUAUCGAGGCAGAGGGUAAUUUGUGGGCUCGCCACGCAUUCAUACUGCGAGAGGGUGCUGCAGCGGACGAUGCCACUCGAGACUGCAGACGACACAGACAGGCACCUUCAUUCCCACGAGCUAAAUACUCUCGUGUGCGCAGUGAAGGUUGUAGACACAUCCAUCCAUACAUUGGCAGGGACGAGUGUGUCUCCAGGUUGACGUAUGCUGCCUUGAGAUACCAGCGGAAGGCAAACUGAGGUGGCAGCACAUCGGAUGGGCUCACGUACUUGGUGGCGUUGACAAGGAAGGGUAUCGACGGGUUGACUGUCUGCAUGAAAGAAGGAUGCACGAGGCUCGCGAGCUGCUAGCGUGGCUCGAUUACCGAGUCGUCCGCAACACCGACGACUGACCACCAAAUACUCCUCUGGGUGGAAAGGAAAGAAUAGCAAUUGUGUACCGUUACCGUAGAACUCACCCACGGAUCGAAAGCGGCUCUGCCCGGGAGGAAGGCCCCAUCAUAGCGGACAUACACUGAGUACCGAGACGUCGAGUCAGGCGCGAGUCCGCCACACAGCUGACCCCAUGCCUUCCCCAGAUAUGCGGAUGACGCCCACGGCACCUGGCUGUAGUAUUCUGGAUUGCACUCAUACGAGCAACCUGACGACGGCUCAGUGUCAGUCCCAUUCCCCGCCGUUUUGUUCGCCUGUGGGCCGUCAGAGUCGCUCUCGUGGCGCGAGAGUCCUGUGAAUGUAUGGUUGCAGUAACAGAAGUAGAGUGUCUUGUCUGGGGCACGACCAGGGAUCAGAAUCCUCUGCUGCGGGUUGGCGAACUGGAUGAAGGGAUUCACAGUCAUCAUGGCCACCCUGUAGCCUUGGUUGAAGCACUCCCUCACGCACGCAAGAGGAUUCCCGCUGCAAGCAGAGUUUGUUUGCUAUACAUGCGUCUACCAUGAGUGUGUCGUGUGUGUACCUGUUGUCAAACGUUUGGGCGAGUGGCGUGCCCCACCAAAACCGCCUGUACUUGAGCAGCUUGAUGCCCACCUUGAUGAUCUCUGACUCUGUCGGCCCGUCAACCGAUGUCUCAUUCUCUGUCUUGAGCGGGCGGAAGUCGCUCAGCGUGGGAGGCAACAGCGCACUCUGCUUGUAGCAACCAACUGAUAUCCACUCAUCUGUGAAGAUGCUCGACAUACAAUCUAAAUCGAGAAGAGGUGGCUAUAUCGAAUCUCACCUACCGAGAGGAGGUCCGGGUGCUUGGCCCAUCUCCUCUUCGGUGCUCGUGAAAAGCCCUCCAUCGUCGCCCGUCGAGGUGGGAAAAGCAUCGAGCGACGAGACCAU